AUGAUUUUUGAACCCGCAGCCAGGGCCCCGGUGCCCUGCACCGAUGUGAUAUCCUAUGUCUUUUCUGACCCGCCCUACGAUCAUAAUGAACCGAUCUACGUCGAUGUCCACAAUCCCUCUCGCGCCAUUUCCUACAACCAAGCCCGGACUAUUGUUCGCCAACUGAUCUCGGGGCUGCGCGCCUGGGGCGUGCAAAAGGGCGACUGUGUCGCUAUUCACUCUUUCAAUGAUAUCUACUAUACCAUGCUGGUCCUGGCGAUCGUUGGCGCCGGGGGAAUCUAUACGGGCUCAAAUCCAGCCUACACACCCUUCGAAUUAGGCCAUCAUUUCCGCUCCUCAGCGACGAGCUUCAUCAUCACAGAGCCGGAGCAUCUGGAUGCGAUAACUACGGCGGCGAAAGCGACAUCAAUCCCAGCAAACCGGAUCCGGGUAUUCGAUAUUUUGGGGCAGUCAGUACCAGAUGGAGCGGUGUCCUGGAUGGAGCUGCUCGAUCAUGGUGAACAAGACUGGAUAAGAUUUGACGACGAGGAAAUUUCCAGGACAACUACGGCAGCCAGACUGUUCAGUAGUGGGACGACUGGGCUUCCCAAGGCGGCAGACAUUACGCAUAUGAAUCUUGUCGCCCAACACGAGUUUGUGUUUGAGUUUAAUCCGCGACCAUGGCGAUGGCCUAUAAAGGUAAGCAGAGUGAUCGCUGUUCCCCUGUUUCACGCCGCUGCUGCUCCCAGCAGCCAUUUCGGCAGCCUAAAAGCUGGCCAUAUCAACUACGUCAUGCGACGUUUCGAUUUACCCCUCUUCUUGCAGACGGUUGAAAAAUACCAAGUCACCGAGAUGGCUGUUGUACCGCCCAUUGCCAUUGCCAUCAUCAUGCAUCCGAUGUCUUACGAACGGGGCUAUCUGCGCUCAAUCCGGGCGAGUAAUCUGGGAGCGGCACCCAUGGACAAAGACGCCCAGAAACGAUUCCAAAAGUUGCUUGGACCAGGAGCCAAUUGUACACAGGUUUGGGGUAUGACAGAGACAUGUUGUAUCGCAACAAUGUUCCGCUGGGAUGAAGGGGACGAGACAGGGUCGGUUGGGAGGUUAGUGCCGAACAUGGAGGCUAAAUUAGUAGAUGACAACGGGACUGAUAUCUCCGACUACGGCGUGCGAGGUGAGCUGUGUGUCCGCGGUCCUGCCGUCACCCCUGGGUACUUCAACAACCCGGCCGCCAAUGCGGAAUCCUUCGAUGAGCAGGGCUGGUUCCACACGGGGGAUAUCGCGUAUUGCGAUGGUGCUACCCAGAAAUGGUAUAUAGUAGAUCGCAAAAAGGAGCUGAUCAAGGUCCGAGGAUUUCAAGUUGCUCCACCGGAACUGGAAGCUGUGCUGUUGGCGCAUCCGCUCAUCGUGGAUGCUGCCGUGAUUGGGUUGCGAGAUGUGGUCCCGGGGACGGAGUUGCCGCGAGCGUAUGUAGUCCGCCGACCCGAGACCGAUGAGAGCAUGUUGACGGAGGACAUGGUCAAGAGCUGGUUAUUGGAGAGGUUGGCGGGAUAUAAAGCGCUCACAGGGGGUGUCAAGUUUGUACCGAGCAUACCUAAGACGGCAAGUGGGAAGAUUCUCAAGCGAGUGUUGCGGGAAGAGAGUCGCAGGGAAGUCAAAGAGAGUGGAUGGAGACCGAGGUUGUAG